AUGGUCAGAUCUGUGAAGGAUCUUCUGAGGAACGUUUUAGGUAGAGCUUGCUUGGACUACGAGGAGCUGAAUACAGUAUUGUGUGACUGCGAAGCUGUGAUAAAUUCACGUCCAAUCACCUACAUGACAGAAGAUCCAACUCAAUUGGCGCCGCUCACUCCAGCUAUGUUCAUCCAGGAUCUGCAGGAGGUGGGAGUGCCCGAUUUAGAUUCUAUUGAUAACACUACUCUGAAGAAAAGAUUGAAGUAUCGCAUCAAAUUGAAAACUGAUUUGAGGAAACGUUUUCGUGAUGAAUAUUUCGGUCAGUUUUCUCGCAGACAAUCUCAGGAGCUCCUCGAGCACUGUAUAAAACCAGGGGAAGUUAUUUUAAUUGGCAAUGACUCAUCAAAACGCUUGGAUUGGCCAUUGGCUCUGGUAAAGGAGGCUAUUCAGGGACGUGAUGGACACGUACGAGUCUUGAGAUUGAAAACUGCCUCUGGGGAAAUGAUCAGAUCAGUUCAACGAGUUUAUCUAUUGAAAUUGUCAGUUGAGUCGGAUCAAGAGAUACUUCCACUGCUAAAGAAAUUACAUGAGGUGUCAAGUAAGAAUUCGAGAAGGCGUAAGGUUCUAGAGGAGAAUCAGAAGGAGGAUCCAGUUGUCCCCGAGACACUACCAGAGAAACCAGCGGCAAAGAAGUGCUCACGUAACGGCCGAUCAAUUAAGAAGCCAUCCAGGAUGGAGUUGUGA